UAUAGCAUCGGUUUGACCAAACCCAUCUGUCCAGAGUCUGCACUCUUUCUGAAUCCAGAGCUACUGCUGCUGCUACUUCUUGCAGUUUUUCGUUGCAAAUGAGUCUCCUGGUGGUCCUCCUCACGAUCCUUACAUUCUCAGUUCCUUCUGCGACAGCCUCAGCAAGCGAUCACAGCUACAACGUAGGAGAUCAUGUCCCCUUCUUCGUCAACAAAGUUGGCCCCUUGAACAACCCCAGUGAGACCUAUCAUUACUAUGAUUUGCCAUUCUGCCACCCAGAUCCGGUAAUCCAAAAGAAAGAAUCCAUUGGGGAAGUUUUGAAUGGGGAUCGUUUGGCCAACUCCUUAUAUCAGUUGAAUUUCAGGCAAUACAAAGCUGGAGAGAGUCUAUGUCAGAAGAAGCUUAAAGUUGUUGAAAUUGUGAAGUUCAGGGAUGUUAUCAGUAAUGAAUUUUACUUCCAGAUGUAUUAUGAUGAUCUUCCAGUCUGGGGGUACAUUGGGAAAGUUGAAGAUGAGAGUUGGGAAAAAGGGACCAAGUAUUAUCUGUUCACACAUUUGUCUUUUGAUGUUCUUUACAAUGGAAACCAAGUAAUAGAAAUACAUGCUUUUAGUGAUCCAAAUCAUGCCGUUGAUAUAACAGAAGAUGUUGAUACUGACGUUGAGUUCACUUAUUCGGUUAACUGGAAUACCACAUCAACUCAGUUCCAGAACAGGAUGGACAAGUACUCAAAGGCUUCAUUACUGCCAGUCCGCCAGAAAAUUCAUUGGUUCUCAUUCAUUAAUUCCAUUAUCAUCAUUGUGCUUUUGAUGGGAUUGCUUACCUUGCUCAUAAUGCGACGCCUCAAAAAUGAUCUGAGAAGGUUCUCAAAUAGCGAUGAAGAAGAAGACAAGGAGGUUGGCUGGAAAUACAUUCAUGGUGAUGUUUUCAGAUAUCCUCCAAACAUGCCAUUGUUUUGUGCUGUCUUGGGUGUGGGUACCCAACUGCUUGCCAUGCUAUUUAUCUUAUUUUUGCUAGCAUUUUUUGGAGUCCUAUAUCCGUAUAAUCGUGGAGCUUUGUUCACUUCUCUCGUCUUUAUAUAUACUCUUACUUCAAUCAUCUCUGGGUACACUGCUUCUGCUUUCCACAAUCAAUUUUCAGUGACAGGAUGGGAAAGGAGUGUUCUUCUAACAGCUAUUCUCUACCUGGGUCCAUUGUUCGUAACAUCGUCUAUCCUUAAUACAGUUGCUAUAUCUUAUGGGGCAACAGCUGCAAUUCCUUUUGGCACUCUUCUAGCAAUUCUUCUCAUAUAUGCAUUCCUUGUCAUCCCAUUGCUUGCUUUUGGUGGGGUGAUUGGUUAUUGUAUAAGAUCUGAAUUUCAAGCACCUUGUGCUAUAAAGCAAUAUCCAAGAGAGAUCCCACAAUUAGCUUGGUACAGGAGAACCCCUUGUCAAAUGUUUAUUGGAGGUCUCUUGCCUUUUAGUGCAAUUGCUGUUCAGUUACACCACCUGUAUGCAAGCAUGUGGGGCUUUAAAAUUUACACUCUACCUGGAAUUUUGUUUGUUACGUUUAUCAUCCUCAUUAUAAUGACUGCAAUCUUGACUGUCGGCUUGACAUACAUUCAGCUUUCUGUUGAAGACCAUGAAUGGUGGUGGAGGUCUGUGUUGUGUGGAGGAUCAACAGCUAUUUUUAUGUUUGCGUAUAGCAUUUACUUCUAUUCGAGAUCAAAGAUGACCGGUUUUAUGCAGCUAUCCUUCUUCGUUGGAUAUAAUGCUUGCAUGUGUUAUGCAUUCUUCUUGAUGCUCGGUGCCAUUAGUUUCCGUGUUUCCUUGGUAUUUGUUCGCCACAUAUACGGUGCUGUUAAAAGUGAAUGAACAAUUGCGGCCACCAUGCCCAAACCCCUGGUGAGGAAACGUGCGAGUAGUCGGUCACAUUUGUAACAUCUAUGAUUGAAGAAUUUGAAACCACAGUAUGAAAUCACAACACUCAACUGUGGAUGCCGAUGUAUGCAUGCAUUCCAUUGUAGUAGUUUUUUUAAUGAUCAUGCAACUACCGCAAUGCUGGUUAGUUUCUUCUCUAUGCCUCCCCCUCUUUCGAAAUGUUGGUUAGUUGUACGUAUAGUUAUGCAUUCGGAAAGAAUGAAGUUUGAUCUAAAUAUUAACCAAUUAUUAGCAA